AUGUGGAGGACUGAUGCUGCUAAUCAGAAUAAAAACACAAUAACAACACAACACAAAGUCAACAGGAUCUGUGGAAGAAAAAUGAUUUGCUAUUAUUAUUCACCAUAUUUUCUAGCUGUCCUUCUAUUGUUUUUUGUCGUUUCAACUGAGCAAUCGGUGACUUGUGCUGGUGAGAAAUGCAGAUGUGAGUUGAAGAGUUCAAUGGGAUUUUUUGAGCAUUGCUCAUGUUAAACAAAAACUCAAAUUAUUAAAUAUUUAUCAUCAUAUCCUUUGAAAACCAAAAAUUCGGAAAAAAUUAGAAAUUUCUGAAAAUAAAUUUUUUAAAAGUUUUAUUCCGUGAAUCGUACCUUUCCGAAUAAAGUUAUCACGUGGCAAAAAUGCCUGGAAGCUUUCGGAGGAUCUGAUAUUUUUCAGAUCUCAAAUAUUCAAAUUCUGAUUUCACAGGAUUUUUUAGAAACUCCUAUUUGGAAGUUCCAUCGAUUUUUUCGAUUCCCUAACUCUUCUCUUAAACUUGGACCAUCUAAAGUUUCCAAAUUCAAAACCCUGCUGAAAAACAAUGUAAAAUUUUCGAAAAUUAUAUUUAUGAAGAAUUGUUUUUCCAUGUCAUAACUUUUUCCUGAUUUUUCCUGACGUUCAACACUCAAAAUCUUCCCAAACUGAACUCAACCCAAAUCAUGAUCCAUUUUUUCUAGUAAUGCGAGACGUUCUUCGAGAUCCACAUCGACUUUCACAUUGGAAACCAUCAAGUCUAAACCGGGCAAUUCAUCAACUUCGAGCUUAUGAGCAAUUGUUUCAAGGUGACCUAAUUUCCCAAGGGAUUAUAGUUUUUAGUUCCUCUUUUUUACAAGAAACUUUUCAAUGGGACAAAUUACUUUUAUAGUUUUUUUAAAUUUUUUUAAAGCUGCUCAAGAAUUUCAGAUUUUGAGUAAUUUUGUCAGCUUAAGUACCGUAUAUAUCGAUUGAAGAAACAAUUUUCCUAAAUAAAUAUUUUCAGAAGACAAACGAUCAUCGCAACAAUUUGGACCAUUAAUAGAUGUAAUGCGACUCUGA